UAAUGUUAUUCAGAUAAAACUUGUUAUUAACCAUUGGAUGUUACACCUUAAAUAUUAUUGUAACAAAACUUGUAAAGAGAAUUUAAACAAGAGGAUGCUUUGUACAUUAAAAAUAUCUCUCACACAACGUUUGAUCUUCAAUGAAGUAAAACUAAUCUUUACGAGUAAAUCUAAAUCUAGUAUUGCUUGCAACUCCUGCAUAUUCACACGUGUGAACAUGUUUUGUUAGGACUAAAGUAAAAAAAAAACAACAAACUGCACCUGGAAGAAAAAGAAGAAAACAGAACAAAAAAUAGGAAAAAUCUAAAAUUGUGUUGUUAAACUGCAUUAAAGUGAGAACUUUACAAGUAAAUGCUUCGACAAAUGUUUCGUUUUUGUUUUAUAUAAAAAAAUAAAAUACCUACCUAGUUGUUUAGUUUCAUUUAAAGUCGUUGCUUGAUUUUCGUGUACUUAAAUUUAAAUGGCUGGUGUUUUGUUUAUUAUUUGUGUUCCUGUUGAAAGAUAUGAACAGAUCAUAUCAAAUAAGUCAGAAGGUUUCGAUUUUCCGUGGAUAAAAAGUGUAGCACAUUCGAUUAAAGUAAGGGAACCGCUUCAGCCAGUACAACAAUUAAACUCUCCAGACAUCGCAGUGACUAGUUAUGAGAAUCUUAAAGAGUCACAGCAAAGUUCAUCGUUAAGUACGUCUGUAGGAUCCUUCGAUUCCGAUUCAGUGAAUCCGAGUCAUCGAGAAGAUCGUAGGAAAAUUUCCACCAUCACUUCAAAAAAUGAUAAGAAGAAACCAUUACAAAGGACAAAAAGUGCUGAUGAUGUUAUCUCAGAAUCGAAAGAAAAGAUAUCUGACGAUGAGUUUCGUGAAAAACUCGGCUCAGUGGACAGUGACGUCUUUAAUCGAACAGUGAAAAAACACGCCAGAAUUGUUGAAAAUGAAAAAGCGACUGAUAAAUUUUACGGAACAAACACGGAAAGACCGCAACUUGAUGAUAACACUCCAUUGGAACGAGUCAUUCAAGAGAUAAUCGAGAGAAUGGAAAUCCGAAAUGUAUCAUGGGUUCGAGUGAACUCUGGAAAUUGUUAUCAAGUACAAUUCACUCUCGAGAACGGUGAUCGAUGUGACGACACCAUUCAUUUGUUGAGUGAGUUUGGAAUAGGACAAAAAGAAGGAUCGUCUGUUGCAAUCAUUCCUUGUACAUUGUACAACAGUGAACCGAUAAGAAAACCAAACAUUGACGAUGAAGCACAAUCAGGUCACUCAGGAAACAAGGAAAAAUCAUGGAAUAAAUUUAUUGGCACUGUUCGAGCACGAUUAAAUGUUGCAAAGAUCGUUGAAGCUGUUAAAAGUGACGGUGACUUGACAUUUGAUUUUAUUGUUCUUCUCAUUGUCGCGAGUAUUCUUGCUAGCUUCGGUUUAGUUGAAAACAGCACAUUAUUCCUUGCUGCAAGUAUGUUGAUCUCACCACUUAUGGGACCAAUCUUAGCUGCAACAUUUGGUGCUGUCAUCAAAGAUCACAAACUUCAAUUCUGGGGUGUUCGUAAUGAAAUCAUCGGAAUUCUUCUUUGCAUCUUUGUUGGGUCUGCUUUUGGAUUAAUCACAUGUGGAUUGGAUUCAAUUUUUGCGAGUGAAAAGCAUCUUCAAUUAACGUUGGAAAUGUCAAACAGAACAAAUUUUCAUUCAGUUAUUGUAGGAAUUUUCAUUGCUUUACCUUCCGGUGCUGCUGUUGCGAUUGCAGUGUUAGGAGAGAAUUUUGGAUCACUUGUUGGUGUUGCAAUUUCUGCUUCUCUUCUUCCACCUGCUGUCAACACUGGCUUGAUGUGGUCGUUUUCGUUAGUUCAUGCAUGCUCGAAAGACUUCAGUUCACGAUUCAAAUCUUUUGUCAUGAAUAAGAAAUAUUCCGAUGAUCAAGCUAUCGAGCUUUUAGCUCUCGGCGGUAUCAGCUUAUUGGUGACUCUAACAAAUGUUUUAUGUGUUUAUCUUAUGGGAUAUUUCUUCUUGAAAGUUAAAGAAGUUGCGCCUGUUUCCGAUGACCAUCAACGACAGUUUUGGAAGCAUGACAUAAAAAUCGCACGCGAUUACAACAAGACACUUCAUGCCGAAGAAGGUCGAAACAUGCAAGCGCAACUUUCGCAAUAUGUGAAGAAUGAGUCGAUCAAUUUUAAAGGUGUUGGAGCUGAAUUGUUGAGGCAAAAUCAUUAUCCUUAUAACAACACGUGGUCGCCAUUGACAUUGCGUUACAAUAAUCGAAAGGAAGGAAAUCAUGCUCGUACCAGUCUUCACGAUCUUGACGCUCUCUACAUGAACUUAGCAGGAAGAAAUGGAAUAACGGAGAGACAUUCUUGUUCUUUUGGACGUGUGAAAAGUCCAUCACCACAACAAGACAAUCUUUCAACUGAUAAUAAAUAUAAACAUGGAAUAGCAAUUCCAACAAGAAUUCAGAACUCUUACGAUGGUUUAAAAGCUGCUUCAGCUCCACUUGAAGUUAUUUGUGAAACGCCAAAGAGAAUUCAUCAUGAUUCAAAUUUGGUUGGAUUUAAUCACAUGGCCAGCACUUCAGGGACAAGCGCAAAGAAAUUUAUUGUCACACCAGCUCAUGAUCCAUUAAAAUAAGAAAAAACUUAACUUUUAUCAGCUCUUUUUCUUUAUUAACAUUUAUAUUAAAUCAUUUUCAGUAAUUUGUAUGUCAUUCAAAUUUAAUUAAACACUGAUUUAAAUAAGAAAAUAAAUUUAUGCUUGAUGAUCGUCUACAACUUCACAAGUUCAAUACUUUUAUCGUAUAACCAUUUAGCAGUUUCAUCAUUUCUCGCGUUACUCGACGGCGUUUUCUCUUUGCAAUCGCUGAAAUAUUUUCCGGUAACAUUUUCCAAGUCAGGAUCGAGAGCGACACAAAUUUGCGUCUGUGCACCUUCCCAUGGUGUUUUGUAUAAGAAUGAGAAAGGUUUCAUGAAGAAUCUUUGGAAAUUCGCACUCAUAUGUCGUCCAAGUUCUGUUUUAACCACACCUGGAUGAAGACUGUUGACAACCACACCUGUUCCUUCAAGUUUUUUCCCCAAUUCUCGUGCAAACAAAAUGUUUGCCAACUUACUUUGUCCGUACGCUCCCCAUUUCGAGUA